CCCUUUUCUGAACAUUUUCACGAUUGUUGGUUGGAUUCGCUAUCGGUUGUUUCUGAAUCACCCUGUAUAAGAUAAGUCAAGUGCUGCCAACCUGUCAAGUUUUAAAUCAUAUGUACCGUCAACGCUGCCAUAACCUCAAACAAUGGCAAAAUGGAAACAAAUAUCUCGGAUUCUGGAUUAACUACCAGAGAUGCGUUGAAUAAAUUGCACGUCGAAAUCGACACGAUCCUCCAACAAUUUAAGACGUCUCAGAAAACGAGGAGACACAAGUCUUGGAUAAAAGAUGCCCUCCACCAUUCAAGCCAACGCACAACAAUCAACUGGUUAUCCGCCAGCUUCCAGCUUUGGACCGUGGCCAGUCUGACGGCUUAUUACAUAUACAAUUACUACUAUCACCCAGAUUACGCUUAUGUGAUUAAUCUGUGUGAGGCGUUCGUCAUUUUGACGCUUCUGGUCAUAAACGUUUCUUUGGAGUUGUACGAUAACAAAUUAAGACAUAACGAGAUACCAAACAGGAUUCAAGCCAUUUUAGAUAAACUGCGCAAGGAGAUUGAAAAAGUUGAAUGGAAGCCCGAAAACUAUCCCAACUUGUUCACUCCGUUCUCGCCAUGUAUUACUUUACAAUGGACGUUACGAGACAACAAGCUUGUAAACAUGCCGUGGUCUUUGUUGGUAAAAGACGACAUAAUAUUGAUAAGGCCUGGCCAAAUUUCGCCCGGUUACUGCGAAGCAGUGGACAAAAAUUCCGAGUACCCAUUGUUGCAUGCCAAGGAGGUGUACGCUCCAUCUUUGCAGAACGCCAAUGAAAUUUUGAGUGCCCCCAAGUGCCGAAAGCCGUUGGAGAACAAGAAGUACAGAUUGUUGGAGACGCCUUACCUGAACAACCUCAGGGUGUUUCUGGAACAAGCACUUGACAGACCUGUCACCCAACACAACCAGCACCGACACAGGGUGAUGAUAAAGAUUAUCGAGAGGAUCAUUAUGCCGGCAGCGUUUCUGAUAACUUUCGUCCUUAAUUUGUUUAAGUUUUUAUAUUUUAUGCAUUUGGGGGGAAUAUCGGCCGCGCAGCUCUUCCUUCUAAGACCCAGUACUGUGAUUUUGCCCUUGUUGCCUUUAGUGUUCCCUCUGUUCUGGAAUUUGUUGAAUUAUUCUGGAAUGGCACGAUUUAAAACUAUAUUUGGUGCAACCAGACGGUUCGAUGCUAAACCGCACCAGUUAGAAGAAGAUACUGAUACCACGACAAUAGAUAAUACUGAAUUGAAAUUUACCUAUAGAGACAUUUGGAACAAUUUUUGCGAUAUUAUGAUGGGCAAACCAGACAUACUAAUCAGAUCGGCGAAUAUUUUACAUGUAUUAGGUUCAGUAACUGCUCUUUGUUGCGUAGACAAAAAAGGUAUACUUUCCUGGCCCAAUCCUACUGCUGAGAAAGUUUUUUUUUUACAUAACGAUGAAAAUAACUCUCCAACUUCAAGUUUGAACAAUGUAAAUGAUCUCACAACUGAUAACGACAACUCUAACACAAAUACCCAAUACUUUCAUGCGGAAACACACAAUUCGGCGACUGCUGAAGUUCUGGAUCUCACUCACAAUCACGACGAUCCGUUUAAAUUGCAUUUCGACGACCAAGAGUGGGACAGGCAUAUGUCGUCUCUUAAGCCUUUGGGCCUUGCCAUAUUAUUGAAUACUUGCAAUUUUGACACCCAAGAUCACUACACAGCGUUUUGUCAACAUAUAACAUGCGAGGCCAUGUACAACGAAAACUUAGUGCCAGUUACUAACCGAAGAUGUUUGUGUGAACUCGCGAAAGAGAUAGGUUUUCAGGACCAAGCUCAAAAGAUCUUCGAAUUGGGACACCAGUUAUCAACGUUCAGGCAUCUACAACCGGAAAUGGUGAGAAGAGACAACAAAUACGCGCGAUCGUUGCAACUCUCAACGAAACUCAAGUUUCCCUUCCCCCACAUGUUCGCGGUUGUGGUUAAGGAAGUGACGAGCGGAUCUAUGCAACUCCUCUCCGAAGGUACGGCCGAUAUUAUUCUGGAUUCUUGUGUCGAAUACUGGGACGGCAGAGAUUUGUGCACGUUAUCGCAUUCCGAUAGAAAGAAAAUCCAGGAUUUUUAUCAGAGGAGCAGUCUCACCGCUUAUUGUACAGCAUUCGCAUAUAGACCCUUGACGAAGUGCAUCAAUGACAAACUGAGCGACUUGUAUCUAGAACUGCCCAGCGACUCCAGACACCUUUACAUGAGCCACCGCAGUCCCACGCCUGCGCACUGGGAGUGUAAGAGUGUUUUGGAGCCUAGGAUAAAAGCAGCCCAGUUUUAUAGUACUGAUUCUUUGUUGUAUAACGAUUAUCCAACGGGAGAUGUGUCGGAUGCGGAUAGUUGUUUUCAAAUGCAGUGCAAUCAGGUUUUCAUUGGAAUGGUCACCAUGCAGUAUCAAGCUCUAACAGACAUGGUUCAACUUAUCGAACAAUUGGAACGAGCUUGUAUCAGGUUUGUUCACUUCAGCAAGGAGAACGAGCUUAGGUCGAGAGUUUUCAGUGAGAAAAUGGGACUUGAAAGCGGUUGGAAUUGUCAUAUAUCUUUGUUAAGUGAGAGGAACAGACCCGAGAGUGGCCACGGCGACGAUUGCGGUUCAACACCACGGAAAGAGGCGUCGCGACGUCUGUCACAGAGCGCACGCAGGAUACCGAACUCGCCUACUUUCGACGAAAAGUCUUGUUUGCUCGAUACUAGUUGCAUCAACAACAGUUCAACAACGAAAAAUAGCAAUUUAGAGUCGUCGCGCACGAUGAGCUUCUCCGCACCCAGUGCCAUCAACAUGGAACAUUCCGUGGUCAAAUUUGACACCGAGAACGAAAGGACGCCGAAAAAGAGCAGCGAACAAAGCAACAUGGACAUCGCCAGUCAGGAGAGUGUUCACAUGCAAUCCGAAGUGAACACUCACGAUUGGCAAUCCCUCAGUUGUCUUACCGACAGCACCGAACAGAGCGCACCCAUCAACUUCGACAUGAGUAACAGGGCAAAACUGCCAAGGGGCAUCGAUAAAAUUCGCCCUCAUAUUGAGCUAAUUGACAACGUUCCUUUACUAGUUUCUUUGUUCACCGACUGUACUCCGAGCGCGACUAGGGAGAUGUUGCAAAUCAUGCAGGAAUACGGCGAGAUUGUUUGCAUCAUGGGUUCUUCAGAGAACUUCGACAACUGCGGCAUUUUCAUGCAAGCUGAUGCGAGUAUUGCUGUUGAGCCUUUGUAUCCUCAAGUGUGCCAAAAAAGGGAGGUCUUCCUUCCACCAAAAUCAUCGCUUUCUCCCAUAACACUGUCGUGCGAAUUGAAUUCCAUUGCUUGUUCACUUUGCGUACGAAGAGAGGAACCAAUAUCAUUUUAUCAUUUAAUCAUGGAAGCACGACAUUUCAUUCAAACUCUAUGGAGUUCAGUGCAAUUCUGGUUGUCUUGUUGCUUUGUGCUGAGUUUUAUGGAACUGAUCGCUGCGUUACUUAUGUUACCGCCUGUUUUAACGAUCGGACAAACUUUGUGGUUGUGCUGCAUUGUAAUACCGGCAAUUAGUUUGUCUUUAAUGGUCAAAGAAGUAGAUCCUGAUGUUAUGAAAAAGCCUCAAGGCAAAAUCCAAAAUAUACCAAGUCUUGAAGGAGGAAUUUACAUAUUGUGGUGUUAUGGAUCCAAGUUUUUACCGACUGUUCUUGUGGUGCUAGUAUCAUAUAUAGGUGUUCUGUCUAGUCAGUGUCAGGAUAUUUGUUUAAACAAAAACUGCACUUGUGCCUUUUUCUACAUACCUACCAUGUACCCCGACAACAGUGGCGAGGUUGUUGGUUGGCCACCAGACAGCCUGACUCUUUAUAUUGCCAGACUACUUACUGUUUUUAUUAUUAUGUUGCAUUUUGUGGUUAUCUCUAUGGGAUUUGUUCAUAGAGACUUUACUAUAUUCAAACGACGACCUACUGACAAUCUCGUUUGGUUAAUAGUUAUUUUUGUUCUAACGUCUAUUCAAGCUCUCUAUACCGUUUUACAAUAUAAUACAACUGUUUUCCCCGAUGAAAUUGGUUACAGAACACCCUCGUGGGUAGUAAUCUUUGCUGCACUGUCUCCACUAUUUAUAUUUGCGAUAAAUGAAAUUGUGAAGAAACAGGAAAUAAACGUUACUAAACGGUUCUUGAAACGCGCUAGACUAGAUUUUGGUACCAAACUGGGUAUGAACUCGCCGUUCUAAGGAGAUUUUUACACAGAGUAUUUUUAUACAACCAUGCGUGUGAAUUUUUUAUCGAUUUUAUUUAUAAGACUGGAUUGUUUUGCAAAGUACUGAAAAUAUGUUGAAUAAACUGAUGUAUAAUUAUUA